CAGCCACGCUAUCCAAGUUAGUGAAUGAUAAAGCAUUGAGAAAGGAGCAUCAUGCUUCGUUUCGUCGCUCGCGGCAGAUUCAUCGUCUGUGACAAUCUCGAGAAAUGUUUAAACGCUUUGGGAGGCGUACGUGACACCUGCAGCGUCAUCACCGUAUCGAAGUUCAAGGAGAGACUUGGUGGUGGUUCGACGUCGCGUUCGAAUUGUUUGAUCGAUUCCGCGACACCUCGUGCAGCCGCCGAUGCGACUCGCCGGGAAAAUCGUCGGCUGUCAUCAACGUCGACUGUCAGUGAAGCCCGCAAGACGUGUCUUUACGAUCUUCACGUGGAAAAGCAAGGCAAAAUCGUCAAUUUUGCUGGAUGGCUACUGCCGGUACAAUAUCGAGAGACGAUUGCCGUAUCUCAUCUACACACCAGAUCGUUGGCGUCGCUCUUCGACGUCGGUCACAUGCUGCAAACGCGUGUUUCCGGUAAAGACGCCGGGGAAUAUUUGGAAUCGCUAACCACGUGCGAUCUCAAAAAUUUAAGCAAAGGUGCCGCGACUUUGACUGUCUUCACCAAUGAAAAGGGGGGAAUUUUAGACGAUCUCAUCAUCACUAAAGACGAUGAAGACAGAUACUUCGUGGUGUCUAACGCGGGUAGGCGGGACGAAGACAGUCAACUUCUUUUGGAACGUCAGGAUGAUUUCAAGAAAAUUAGCAAAAACGUGUAUAUCGACUUUUUGGAUCCCUUAGAGCAAGGUCUGAUAGCUCUUCAAGGUCCCACAGCGGCGACGGUCCUUCAAUCAUUAGUGAAAAUCGAUCUUCAAACCCUAAAGUUUAUGAAUAGUGUCAAAACCGAGGUGUCAGGAAGUCGUAUCAGAAUUUCGCGAUGUGGAUACACCGGAGAGGACGGCUUUGAGAUAUCGGUACCUGCGAAUGACGCGAUUGACUUAGUCGAAAGGAUCUUAGAGAUUCCUGACGUGAAGCUAGCCGGUUUAGGAGCCAGAGAUAGCUUAAGACUGGAGGCUGGACUAUGUCUAUACGGUCACGAUAUCAACGAGAACACUACACCAGUCGAAGCUGCCCUUACGUGGCUAGUCGCGAAACGACGGAGGGCCGAGGCGAACUUUCCAGGCGCGAAACGAAUACUUUCGCAGAUCAAGACGGGUACGACGAAGAAACGCGUCGGGCUGCUACUGGGUCAAGGACCACCUGCCAGGGAAGGCGCGCCCAUAUUGACGCCGGAAGGUGAACGUGUGGGCAGCGUCACUUCCGGUGGACCAAGCCCGACCCUGGGUCGGCCGAUCGCCAUGGGAUACAUGCCGCCGGAUUUGGCGCAAUUCGGCGGUGGGGUAUUGUUCGAGGUUCGAGGGAAAACGUACAAGGGUACCGUGACGAGAAUGCCCUUUGUGAAAGCGAAGUAUUACACCGCGAAAUGAUGCUGAUUUCGCGACGGAAAUUGCUCGAUCUCCGGCCAAUGCUACAAAAUGAUUAAUUGACAGCGACGAAUCGUUCAUAAAUUCGUCAAGCACGCGAACAAUUGGUUUAGGUUCGUUUGCUAACGCGAAUAAAUUGCGAUGAGUCGCAAAUGAUAUUUUAAUUGAUAGAUAAUUUUUAAAAAUUUCACUUGCACACUAGCUGAUCUUUAAAUUGAAUUAAUGUUGUCAAAUAAUUGGGCUCUUCGUCCAAAUUGAUCGUUAAAUAUUGUGGUAAUAUUAAAUAUAAUAUAAUAUAAUACCAAUCUUGUAAAAGAGAUUAGUAGAAAAAUUUAUAAGAUCAA